UGCAGCUGUGCAGCUCUCUGCCUGCACAAUGUGGUCAGGACCUCUUAGACUGGGUCAAAUGGUCGUAGACUUAUGGAUGACUUGGCGCUGGAACGUUACUUUGAUGACUCCAUUGCAAAUGACUCCAGCUGCCCGCUGGAGGAAGAACUUGCCCACCAAGCUGCUCCUCAGCAGGUACCGAGUCCCAGCCCUCCCCAGCUGCCAGAGACCUCUGGACCAGGUGGGAAGGUACGAGACGUUCUGGACUUCAGCUUUCUACCUGACGAGCUCAACCCUCAGGAUGAUCGAAGCAGCAAAACAGCUGCGGCAGCAGAAAGCCAGGCUGCAGCUCUGGAUGUUUCACAUGACAGCGGUAUUGUGCAGGAUUCCUCUGCAGCCAAUCUCCAGCAGGAUGUACUUUCCUUAGGACUGGGAAGAGGAGCCUCCCCCUUCUGUCCAAUGACCCCAAUGACUCCAAUGACUCCUAUGACGCCUGUGACUGAGAAAUCAGGAAUCAUCCCACAAUUGCAAAACAUCGUUUCCACUGUGAACCUGGGAUGUCCUCUGGAUCUGAAGUUCAUUGCUUUGCAGGCCAGAAAUGCAGAAUACAAUCCAAAGCGUUUUGCAGCUGUGAUCAUGAGGAUCCGUGAGCCACGAACGACGGCACUUAUAUUCAGCUCAGGGAAGAUGGUGUGUACUGGAGCCAAGAGUGAGGAACAGUCACGGCUGGCAGCUCGGAAAUACGCUCGAGUGGUGCAGAAGCUUGGCUUUCCAGCUCGCUUCCUCGAUUUCAAGGUCCAGAACAUGGUGGCAAGCUGUGAUGUCUGUUUUCCCAUCAGACUCGAAGGCCUGGUUCUGACCCAUCAGCAGUUCAGCAGUUAUGAGCCGGAGUUGUUUCCUGGAUUGAUCUACCGGAUGGUGAAACCUCGGAUAGUUCUGCUCAUCUUUGUCUCUGGGAAGGUGGUUUUGACUGGAGCUAAAGAGCGAGCAGAGAUCUAUGAAGCCUUUGAGAACAUUUAUCCAAUCCUGAAAGGCUUUAGGAAGCAAUGAAGGGUUAGCGUUUGUGGCACAAACUUCCUCAUUCAAAAAAAUUAUUUUAUCAUUUACAUUUUGUCAACACCAAUGUUUUAUAUGUUAAAUAUGAAUGUUUGUCCAUAAAUGAGGUUUUGGAUAAAUAUGU